AUGGACAAGGAAGUGCAGAAGCUGAGGGUCAUUAUUGCGGCGCAUGUGGGAAGCCUUCAGAUGCGGCUUCUAACAUUAGGACUGACAUCGACCAUAAUCCUCUUCGAAGAGACCAAGACACACAACACUAGCCAAGAGAAGAACCUUGCAGAUGUCCAAACCACGGCGGUGCAGCUACAAAAGAGACAAGUGUCUCAAGAGACGGUGAACCUCGUCGACAUCGCAAAUCAAAUCUGGAAGUCGAAUCUUCAAAUUUCCAACAUAAUCAUCAAGUGUGAGACACAACUACCCUGCCCUGACCUUCGUCAUACAUGGCUGCAACCACCUGUGCGUCUAGAAGACCCUUUGCGACGCUACCUUGUCAUUCCCUCUGAGUACUCGUACGGUAUGAUGCAAGCCGUCAUUGUAGAGCAACCCAAGUCGGGCCCUGGUUCGACCAGCGUCCAAUCAGGAAAUUACGAGAUCGUGAAUGCUAAGAACUACCAAGAGCUCGUUACUUCAGACGGUUUCACUGGUCUCAUUCCCGGAAUGAGUCUAAGAAUGGCUAUUGCCUUAUACCGACCGAUGUCUUCGGCUGAUCAAUCUGAGAUGGAAAGCUGUCCAGAUCCUGGAUGUGGAGCGAUGGAAUGUAAAGAUACUGAAGGAGGAGGCAAAGCCUGCUGUGCUUGUGGAUUGUGGUUUACGCCUAAGUCGAGGAAAUGCCGAAAGUUUGAGGAAGUCGAAGAGGAUGAGCCGUUAAGCAAACGACCCUCCAAAAGGAGAAAGACCCUCGAAACUCAUAAAAAGGAAGCAGAUCCUGAUGCUGAAGAAGCAAACAGAGAGCCACCUAGACGUGAGGGGCCUCGUCCACCCCAAGAGCCGUUGAGGCACGAGGCCGAAAACUAG